AUGAGUCAUUUUUGUGUAUUUGGAGGUAGUACCAAAAACCAAAUUGAUCGUAUCAUGACAGAUAUGAAGAUAAACAAUAUUAUAGAAGAUGUCAGGAGCCUUCGUGGAGUGUCUGCUCAGUCAGACCACUUCUUAGUUAAAGCUCAAAUACAAAUUAAACUACCUCGUAAACGGAGAAAAAGAAUAAUAAUAGAAGAAAAAGUUGAUAUAGAUAACAUAAAAAACUCUGAAAUGUUAAAAGAAUACAAAAAUAAACUAAAGAACAAAUUAAAGGACGGAAUAGAGGCAGAAAAUAUUGAAACCCGUUGGAAAAAAUUAGAGGGAAUAAUAAAAACUGCUUUGGAACACCUAGGAAAAAAGAAAAAAGUACAAAAGCAUAAAUGGUUUAACGAUAAGUGUCAAAGAGCAAUUGAAGAAAGGGAUAAAGCGAUAUUAUUGAUGCUUACAAACCCAAACACAGGAAACAAUAACAAUUUUGCCCAGAAGCUUAGAGAAGCUAAACGUAUAAUAAGAAGGGAAAAACGAUUAUGGGAAAAGGAAAGAAUAAAACAGAUUGAAGACAACAGGACGAACCCGAAACUCUUCUUCAAACAAACAAAAGAAUUAAAAACGGAGUAUAACCCCAGAAAAGAAAUAAUGAAAGAAGAAAAUGGAGAACUUGUAACAGAAGGAGAAGAAAUUGCAAAACAGUUUGGGAAAGUGUUCAAGGAACUACUCAACCCACAAACGCACCAAGACCAUACGCAAAUUGAGAACUAUACAGCAGAACCUGAAGACCUGCUAGAACCAACGGACGACGAAGUUAGAAUGACCAUAAACACACUUAAAAACAAUAAAUCGCCAGGUGAAGGUGGCUUAGCUUCAGAACUCUUAAAGUAUGGUGGUGAGGAACUAAUAAGAGAAGUAGGGAAAUUAAUCAGGGAUGUAUGGCAUAAAGAAGAAAUACCAAAAUAA